AUGAACUCCAUCGUUGCCGGAAUAGUGCUUCUCAGUGUGUUGCUUCACAGCAAUCCGGCACUUGCAGCAAGCUACGUCGUUGGGGACGCGACGGGUUGGAAGUUCAACGUUGCUGGCUGGGAAAACGGCAAAAGUUUUAAGGCCGGCGACACUCUAGUUUUCAAGUACGCACCGGGUACCCACAAUGUGGUGGUUGUGGACAAGGCUAGCUACGAUGCUUGCAUUGUGCCCGGAAAUGCAAAAACGUUUGCUUCCGGCAACGACGUAGUAACUCUUGGCAAAGGCCCAAACUACUUCAUUUGCGGCUUUCCUCGACAUUGCGGAUUUGGGAUGAAGAUUGCUGCUAAUGCCGCUUAA